AGUUCUUGGUUUAGUCCUGUUUAAAUCCUGGUUGAGUUCUUGGUUUAGUCCUGUUUAAGUCCUGGUUGAGUUCUUGGUUUAGUCCUGUUUAAGUCCUGGUUGAGUUCUUGGUUUAGUCCUGGUUUAGUCCUGUUUAAGUCCUGGUUGAGUUCUUGGUUUAGUCCUGGUUUAGUCCUGUUUAAGUCCUGGUUCAGUUCUUGGUUUAGUCCUGUUUUAGUCCUGUUUAAAUCCUGGUUGAGUUCUUGGUUUAGUCCUGUUUAAGUCCUGGUUGAGUUCUUGGUUUAGUCCUGUUUAAGUCCUGGUUGAGUUCUUGGUUUAGUCCUGGUUUAGUCCUGUUUAAGUCCUGGUUGAGUUCUUGGUUUAGUCCUGGUUGAGUUCUUGGUUUAGUCCUGGUUUAGUCCUGUUUAAGUCCUGGUUGAGUUCUUGGUUUAGUCUUGUUUUAGUCCUGUUUAAGUCCUGGUUGAGUUCUUGGCUGAGGCUCGCUGUGUUCUGAGCAGCAGUUGCCAUGACGACGUUGCCUUCUGUGCCCUCCUCUCAGCAAUUGGCCGCGCGUCCCGUCCAUCAGCGUCUCCCCGCGCAGCGAUUGGCCAUGCGGGGGCGGAGUGGGCUGGCCGCGCGUCUCAUAUCUGCCCCGUGUUUCCUUUCGGGCUCAUUCACUUCCACACGGACUCCCAAAGCCGAAGAGGAGCCGAACCGAGCCGGACCGAGCCGCACCGAGCCCAGACCGGACCCAGACCGGACCCAGACCGGACCCCAGCCGCCCCCGCCGCCCCUGACCCCAGCCGCCGGCGCCAUGGCAACGGUCAUCUGCACGCGCUUCACCGAGGAGUACCAGCUCUACGAGGAGCUCGGGAAAGGAGCGUUCUCCAUCGUGCGUCGUUGUGUCAAAGUUCACACGGGACAAGAAUUCGCCGCCAAGAUCAUCAACACCAAGAAACUGUCAGCACGAGAUCAUCAGAAGUUGGAUCGUGAGGCUCGGAUCUGUCGCCUCCUCAAACACCCGAACAUCGUGCGACUCCACGACAGCAUUUCUGAGGAGAACCAUCACUACCUCAUCUUUGACCUAGUGACUGGAGGAGAGCUGUUUGAGGACAUCGUAGCACGAGAGUACUACAGCGAAGCCGACGCCAGUCACUGUAUCCAGCAGAUCCUGGAGGCCGUGCUGCACUGUCAUCAGAUGGGAGUGGUCCAUCGCGAUCUCAAGCCGGAGAACCUCCUCUUGGCGUCGAAGUCCAAAGGUGCGGCGGUGAAACUGGCCGACUUCGGUUUGGCCAUCGAGGUGGAGGGAGACCAGCAGGCCUGGUUCGGCUUCGCGGGGACCCCUGGGUACCUAUCCCCUGAGGUCCUGAGGAAAGACCCCUACGGCAAAGCAGUGGAUCUAUGGGCCUGUGGUGUGAUCUUGUACAUUCUGCUGGUUGGAUAUCCUCCAUUCUGGGACGAGGACCAGCACAGACUCUAUCAGCAGAUCAAAGCCGGAGCCUACGACUUUCCUUCUCCUGAGUGGGACACGGUGACUCCUGAGGCCAAAGAUCUGAUCAAUAAGAUGUUGACCAUAAAUCCGUCCAAACGCAUCACCGCCGCCGAGGCCCUCAAGCACCCCUGGAUCUCUCAUCGCUCCACCGUGGCGUCCUGUAUGCACCGACAGGAAACCGUCGAGUGUCUCAAGAAAUUCAACGCUCGACGAAAACUCAAGUCUUUUCUGAGGAAAGAGGUGGCGGCGGCGAGCGCAUCAGCUGGGUCCAAUUCAGAGACUGUUUAUGUAAAUGGGAGUUCCAAACAGGAAGAGUCGUCUGAGAGCACCAACACCACCAUCGAGGAUGAGGACACGCGGGCUCGUAAACAGGACAUCAUCCGAGUGACGGAGCAGCUCAUCGAGGCCAUCAGCAACGGAGACUUCGAGAGCUACACUAAGAUGUGUGAUCCUGCUGUGACGGCCUUCGAACCCGAGGCUCUGGGAAACCUGGUUGAAGGACUCGACUUCCACCGAUUUUAUUUUGAAAACCUCUGGUCUAAGAACUCGAAGCCGGUCCACACCACCAUUUUGAAUCCUCACAUCCACCUGGUGGGCGAGGAGGCGGCUUGCAUCGCUUACAUCAGAGUCACGCAGUUCAUUGACGCCAACGGCUCGCCACGCACCGUCCAAUCAGAGGAGAGCAGGGUGUGGCACCGCCGCGACGGCAAGUGGCAGAUCGUCCACUUCCACCGGUCCGGCUCGCCCUCCACGCUCUGCAAUUAACUUCCAGAUAUGGGCACGCCGCCCGGGACUUCAGCUUUGAUUGACAGCAGGCCCAGCGUCUGACAUCAUCGUUGAGUGGGAGGGACCAGACUCGUCGACCAAUCAGCUUCCUCCUGCUUUAGCUUUAGUUUUAUUUUGAAAGAGGCGGGUGGGGGUCACGGCCGCCUCCGGAUCUGGGACGAAACACGAAACAAAACACAGAUGCCACUAAAUGCACCCAUGAAAUCAAACGCACUCAUGAAAUCAAACGCACCCAUGAAAUCAAACGCACCCAUAAAAUCAAACGCACCCAAAACAUUUUACACACCCAACACAAACGCACCCAUCGAAUCAAAUGCACCCAACUCAUUCGCACCCAUAAACUCAAACACACCCAUAAAAUCAAACGCACCCAUGAAAUCAAACACACCCAACUCAAACGCACCCAUAGAAUCAAACGCACCCAACUCAGUCACACCCAUAAAAUCAAACACACCCAUAAAAUCAAACGCACCCAACUCAAACACACCCAUAAAAUCAAAAGCACCCAUAAAAUCAAUCGCACCCGACUCAAAUGCACCCAUAAAUUCAAACACACCCAUGAAAUUGAAUGCACCCAAACUCAAAUACACCCAUAAAAUCUAACGCACGCAACUCAAAGACACCCAUAAAAUCAAACACACCCAUGAAAUCAAAUGCACUCAAAUCAAAAGCACCCAUAAAAUCAAGCAUACUCUGCCCUCUGCGCCCGCUGCAGACGCAGAGUUCGUUCCAGAUCCGGACGUGGCGUCUUUAGUUUCUUACAGUUGAAGUUUACAAAGCUGAGAGGAAUCGCAGAACCAAACGCUCCCACUUUUCUGUACAAAGCUUCAUUAAUCAUAUUCUUACGCACGUAUUUAAACACACAUGUAUAUAUAUAAUGUAGAGAGAGUUUAUUAUAGAGAGCAUUAUGGCCAAUCACAGUAAGCGCUGUCGUCUGUUGCUGGGCAGAAAAGUCUUCUGGUGUUAUUGUGCACAAGAUGGGUGAUACUGGUCCUGGUUUAGUCCUGGUUUAGUCCUGCUGUUGUCCUGGUAUAGUCCUGGUUUAGUCCUGCUUUUGUCCUGCUUUAGUCCAGAUUUAGUCCUAGUUUAGUCUUCAUUUAGUCCUAGUUAAGCUCUGGUUUAUUGUUUAUUAUCUAAACCUCUUUAGACCAGACGGAGUCCUGGUUUAGUCCAGGUUUAGUCCUGGAUUAGUCCUAGUUUUGUGAGGGGUGCACCACUGCUGUUGCCUGUACAUGGCCUAGCUGCAUGUAAUGUUUUGGUAUCGGGUUUGGGUGAGUUUUUAUCGUUAGCCGCGUUUCCUCUCGGCUUUAUUUAUUUUAUUUAUUUAUUUUUUUUUUUUGUGAAUCUUUUUGAACAUUUUAGAGAACCAUUUUUGGACUUUUUGCUUCUUCCACGGAGUUUCCACCGCCUCCGAACAUGAACUGCGAUCUUCCAAAAAACGCCUCGUCUCUCCGGCUCACGGCGACACGGAGAGCGGCAUCGCAAAAAGACGCUAACGGCAACAACAAGACGCUGCGAAGAUCUGGACCUGAACGCCAGACUGUCCGACGGGUCUGCGCCGGGACCAGGACCCGAAUUCUUCACCCUCCAAUCAGAGCGUCCGCUGUCAUCUGUUACGAGGCAGAACUUCAGCGCGUCCGUAAACAGUGAAUGUACCAAGCCCAAGUGCAUCGUGGGAAAUGGAGUUUGGAUGUUUUGGUUUGAUUUUCUGCUUUUAUACACCAUUGCACUGGGACUAAACCUGGACUAAACCCGGACUAAACCCGGACUAAACCGGGCCUACGUCUCUUCUAAGGAGGACGCCGCAUUAGAACAGGUUAAAGCCCCACUGCAGGACAUUUCCUCACAUUAGAACAGGGUUACAGAGAGAAAAACUGAAUCUGUCUCUUUUAAACUUUUGAAUCCUGCGAAUGUGUAAAACCAAAGCCGAUCCACGAAUGUAAAAACGACUCAGGGCAACAUCACUGCUCCCUACGACAAACCUGGUUUAGUCCUGGUUUAAUCCUGGUUUAGUCCUGGUUUUAGGCCUGUUUUAGGCCUGUUUUAGUGUUAGUUUUAGACCUGGCUCAGUCCUGGUUUAGUCCCUGUUUUCAGACCCAGCUUCGGUCCAGUUUUAGUCCUGGUUCAGACCCUGGUGUAGUCCGGGUUCAGUGCCCAGUCCAGUCCGGGUGAAACCUUAGCCGUUCUGUUAGCGUCACGGGCUGGUGUGGCGCCCCCUGCGGUCCUCAGUAAUAAUGGCUCCCCUCUGGCUCCGCCCACACCAUGUUUGGACUUCCUGGAGCCGUGACAUUUUGUACAGAUGCAUGACUCGUGUUUGUGUUUGUCUCAGAGCCGCCGCGGAGCCACGACGGCCGCCCGGUCAGAGCGAUGCUACAGUAAGACCCGAACGAGACCCAAACGAGACCCAAAUGAGACCCAAAUGGGACCCAAAUGAGAUCUAAACGAGACCCAAAUGAGAUCUAAACGAGUCCCAAACGAGACCCAAAUGAGAUCUAAACGAGUCCCAAAUGAGACCCAAACAAGACCCAAAUGAGACCCCCAAACAAGACCCUAAAUGAGACCCAAAUAAGACCCAAAUGAGACCCCAAACAUGACCAAAAUGAUACCACAAACAAGACCAAAAUGAUACCCCAAACAAGACCAAAAUGAUACCCCAAACGAGACCCAAACGAAACCCUAAACAACGCAAAAGAGCUAAACUUGCCAGAGUGUGAAACUGUGAAAAAUGACUUCAAAGUUUCUGUUUUGUCCAGACAAAACUAUAACAGGUAGGGCUCCCAAAAUUCAACAACUAGAUGCUAUUAUGAGGAAAUAUUUCUUUGUGAAAAAUGAAAAAUCUUGAGCUCAAAAUGGACCUUUGACCUUAUUUGGAAGUUCCUGUACCAUGUAACAAUCAAGUCAGUUUCUGCUUUUUGCCUUUGCACGAUUCCUUAUUUUAGUUUCAUGAUACAAAGGCAGAGUAUAGGAACUGACAAAUAAGGUCAAAGGGUCAUUUUGAGCUCAAUAUUUUUCACAAUGUUUAUUCACAUGAUAAAGGAGGUCUCAAAUACAAACUAAAUCUGUGCUCGUGUGAACGUAUCCGAGUAUUUUGAAGAAGAGCGACGUAAGUGAACUGGGCCACUUCACCUUAAACAGAACUUUUGUCUGUGUUAAAUAUUUCGAGCAGGUGAGUCUCAGGUGAGCUGCUUUCACAAAGAAAUGCAAGAGAGCGACACAACAGACUGAAAUGAUAAAUGAAGUACGGCAAACCUCCGACGUGGAACAGUCAGGGUCAGGGUUCGUAUUCCUCAUCACGUCCUGGUCCCUCCACAGACACAGGCUGGAGAUUUACUAUGUCCUCCUGAGGACGCGUCUCUGGAGUGUCUCUCUGGAGUGUCUCUCGGCGCAGCGGACAGAUUCACGACCCACAGGUUGAGGGAGCAAUUCCAGCUCCCACUGAUCAAUACAUGCUGUUGUGUCAUUGGACGGUUAUUUGGGCAUGUCCAGGGGGCGUGUCCUCUGGCGUGUGGGCAUGUCCUUUGGCGCGUGGGCGUUUACUCUGGCGUGUCCCUAACAUGUGGGCGUGUCUUGGGUUGUGUCCUCUGGCCUGUGGACGUGUCCUGAGGCACGUGGGCGUGUCCUCUGGAGCGUGGGUGUGUCCCAAACAUUUGGGCGUGUCACAGGGCGUGUUCUCUGUCCUGUGGGCGUGUCCUCCCGCUUAUGGGCGUGUCCUCCAGCGCGUGGGCGUGUCCCUGGCUCGUGGGCGUGUCUCUUCGCUCGUGGGUGUGUCCCUGGUUCGUGGGCGUGUCCCUUGGCUCGUGGGCGUGUC